UUGCUCGCUAUACUUCUCCCCUUCAUCGAUGAAUCGUUUCGAUUUGGUCAUACCUGCAAUCAAGCUUCGGAAAGGAUUUGGGUGAUUGUUGCUGCUAUCUUCUGUUUCUUUGUACACUUUUACAUGUACAAAGUUUUAUUUUGUUCAAUUUCGAAUAAUGAUGAGCUUGUCCAGAAAAGUUAUCUCAACCAAUGACACAAAGCCGAAUGCCAUGGGUAAGACAGCUAAUUUGAAUCCAAAUGCAGCAGAGUUUAUCCCUUUGGCCCUUAGAUCUUCAUCUGGAAGCCACAGCUCUGCAGAUGUGACAGCAAGGCUUAAUGCCUCUGGAACAUCUGGAAAAGCAAUUUUAGAUCGAUCGGAGUCCACUGUUUCUAAUAACUCUGAUGAGGAGGCCCACCAGUACUGGCACCGCCAGCUCCCUGAUGACAUCACUCCAGACUUUAAGUUCAUGGGAGAGGAUGAGUUGCAAGGACCUGAUAACCUCACUCUUUCAAGUUUGUCCAUUGACGAUCGGAGUGAUACCUCGAGGUUCUCUGUAUCUACAGGCAAUGGUCAGAUAUUAAGCAAGCAUCAAGAAUUAUCUCCUCGUGGUAAUAUUAAUAACACCAUGACUGAUAAGAUAAGAUAUUCCAUUCCGUCAUUUAGGGAAGAUCCGUCUUCAGCAGCUUUUCUGAAUUUGCCAACAGGGUUCAUGAAUGGUUAUCAGCACAUUGGCAGUAAAGGAAGGGAUGGGUUUAUUUACAAUGUCAACCCUAACCCUGUAUUCCCAAAUGAUACUUUGAAUGAGAAUGAGAUUUUGGAGGAUAUUGACAUCAAUCCUGUGGAAUUCUUGGCUUCUCAAUUCCCUGGUUUUGCUAUUGAAAGCCUUGCAGAGGUCUACUAUGCCAAUGGGUGUGACUUGAAUUUGACAAUUGAGAUGCUGACUCAACUUGAGCUUCAAGUUGAUGGUGGUUUUAAUCAGAACCUGAGUCCAAAACCCCUGACUACUCCAAACCUGAGUGCAAUGGAUUUUCCUGCACUUCCUGCUCCUGAUGAUCAAAAUGGUUUGUCAAAAUAUGUGGGUGAUGAUAUCCAGCAAGCUCCAAAUCCAUACCGUUCUUCUGACAAGGACACUAUUCUUUUCUUCAAGUCGAGCUCCUCAACCCCAUCUAGAGGUGCUAUAGAUUUUGCUUCAGCUGUUAGGAAGUUGGCAUCUCAGGAUUCUGGUCAAUGGAAGUAUGAGAGAAACGGUUCUUCAGAUACCACUGUUGGCUCUAGUAGAAGUUCCCAUAACUUAGUUAGCUCUUAUAGUGGUGGUCAUGGGAGGCCCAUUCAUAGUGAUCGAUUGGAAAAUCAUGGUUCAGCUCGGGGAGCUCCUUGGCUUGAGACUGGAGAUGUUGUGGCAAAUAUGUACUCAGAACUUAGGGGAGAAGCUCGUGACCAUGCACGCCUUCGCAACGCUUACUUUGACCAGGCACGACAGGCAUAUCUCAUCGGGAACAAGGCUCUAGCAAAAGAAUUAAGUGUGGAAGGACAGGUGCACAACAUGCAUAUGAAGGCAGCUCAUGUAAAAGCUCAAGAAUCCAUUUAUCGACAUAGGAAUCCAGUUGCUCCAGAGUUUCAUGGCUGUGUCAGAGGACAAGAGCGGAUGAUAGACUUGCAUGGUCUGCAUGUGAGUGAAGCCAUUCGUGUGCUGAAGAACGAGUUGAGCAUCUUGAGGGGUUUAGCCAGAUCUGCGGCGCAACGGCUGCAGGUCUAUAUCUGUGUUGGUACUGGCCACCACACCAAGGGUUCCCGUACUCCAGCGAGACUGCCUGUUGCUGUGGAGCAAUACCUGCUUGAAGAGGAGGGCCUGGAUUACACUGAGCCUCAGCCAGGGCUUCUGCGAGUUGUGAUAUAUUGAUUCAGAGACAUGACAUUUGUAAGUUUAUAGGAGUUUUUGACACGAUCAAAACCCGUGAAUCAUUGUCUUAAUUCAUUAUCUUCAUUCUUGUA